AUGGAUAAUUUAGAUUUACACAUAGACACAGUUAAAUUCUACACAGACAGUAAAGUAGUCCUAGGCUACAUCAGUAACGAGACAAGAAGGUUCUUCAUCUAUGUCGCCAAUCGAGUAGAGAAAAUAAGAAAAUUUAGCUCUCCAAAUCAAUGGAAUUAUGUACCAACUAGCCGUAAUCCCGCAGAUUCGGGAACUAGGUCCGUACCUGCUCACGAAAUUCAUAGCAGUGAAUGGUUAUUAGGACCAAGACAACUUCUUUUCUCAGAACAGAAGAAUUCUGAGAACAUAUAUCAGCUAAUAGACCCAGAAGAAGAUGGAAAAAUACGUGCAAUUGUUAAUGUUGCAAAAACCUUUGCCACACCUGAGCGUAAAGGUAUAGGAACUGAUAGAUUCAACAGAUUCUCCAACUGGACAUCACUUGUGCGAGCGAUAGCCUUUUUAGAACGUUUCUCCCGCUUACACGGGUCAAAACAGGCAGCACCAGUGACUUCUCCGGAAAGCUUUUUGAAUGCCGAAAAUUUCAUCUUAAUAUCCGCUCAAUAUGAAGUUUAUGGAGAUGAAAUAGAUUGCAUUAAACGUCAGGAACAAAUUCAUAAGCGGAGCCCGAUAGCUAACCUUAAUCCGUUUUUGGACGAACGAGGACUGUUACGAGUAGGAGGCCGUAUUGCCAAAUCUGACUUAAACCUCCGUGAAAAGAAACCAUUAAUCGUCCCUGGACGCCAUCAUAUAGCGAUAUUAUUAGUCCGACACUACCAUGAAAAGAUAAAACAUCAAGGUCGCCACUUCACAGAUGGAGCGAUUCGUUCCGCAGGAUUCUGGAUCGUCGGAGCUAAACGCUUGAUCUCUUCUCUCAUUCACAAAUGUGUGACUUGUCGCAAACUAAGAGGAAAAACUGAGUGUCAAAUUAUGUCUGAUUUGCCAGAGGACCGUCUUGAACCGUCACCUCCGUUUACCAACGUUGGAAUAGACACAUUUGGACCUUGGACAAUUGUUUCACGUAAAACACGUGGUGGAUACUCAAACUCAAAACGUUGGGCAAUUCUUUUCACAUGCUUAGUGACUAGAGCUGUUCACAUCGAACUAUUCGAGGAAAUGAGCUCUUCAGCCUUCAUAAACGCCGUCAGAAGAUUCGCCGCUAUCAGAGGUCAAGUUAAGAUUUUCCGAUCCGACCGUGGAACAAACUUUAUUGGCGCAAUCGACGAUCUAAAGAUUGACUCAAUCAACGUCGAAGAUGGACCCUUCAAGAACUUUCUGUACAAUUCUGGUACAACUUGGAUCUUCAAUCCGCCACAUUCAUCCCACAUGGGUGGAGCCUGGGAAAGAAUGAUUGGUAUCGCAAGGAGAAUACUUGAUUCUAUGCUUAUCAACGCAGCUGGAAGGAGUCUUACGCAUGACGUUCUAAAUACAUUCAUGGCAGAAGUUUCAGCAAUAAUCAAUUCAAGACCUCUGGUACCAGUAUCAACAGAUCCAGAGAAUCCGCUAAUCUUAACACCAGCUAUGUAA